AUGUGCACUCCCUGGGCGAAGGCGUUAACCUUUGUGGUCAUCAUCCCUUGCUGGGAAGAUUCCGCGGGGUGGAAGAGGCUACGGGACAGCGCGUUUCUGUCCAAGCACAUCAAGCUCCACCAGAAAGACCACGGUUACUGCGAGGGCAAGCAGCAUCUGCGGCGCAACCGCUACCGGUUGGCGUCGUUUCACACGAGCGUCUUCUUCCUGCAGACCGAGCCGGCGAGGCGGCAGCAGUCGCCGGAGACACUGGGGCAGGCUUGCCGAGAGCUCGAGCGGGCCUUCGCUCUAAGGCAAGAAGACGCCAGCGGCGGCGGCGCUGCGAGGCACGCCGGCGGCACCGGAGGGGAGGGCGGAAAAAGCGGCCCCUCUUCCUCUUCGGGGCAGGUACUGCGAGAACAAGGAGGCGGGGGAGAAGGGUUGAUCGAUGACGGAGGGAUCGGUGUGAGUGGUACUAGCGAUGACGAUGACGAUGAUGAUGAUGAUGACGAUGACGGCAGAGACUUCACCGAAACGUCUUCUUCAACGAGCAAGGUCACGGCGAAGCGGCAGCUCGACGAGGCGGGGAAGGCGACGGAAGGAAAAGCACGGGGGGUUGUGAAUGCCGGCAACAAGAACCCUGCUUCUGUCGGUAGUGGUGUUGGUGAUUUUGGUGCCGCUACCCCUCUACCAAAGGCAGAGAACAAUAAAAAACGAGCGAAAGGUAAACGGCGGCGGAACAGCGGCGACGAGGCCGGACGAUCGGCACCAUCCGCGGGCGGCAGAGAACCGGGUGAACAUAGCAGGCCGUUGUUGGACGAGGACGGAAGUGCGGCUGCCGGGUGUAGGGGCGGCGCAGCAGGAGGGGGGAGCAUCGGCCUUGCGGAGGAUUUGGGCCCUGAUCGUCAAGCCAAGAGAGAGUUGCCGUCAUCGGUCAAAAAGAAGAAGAAGCGAAAGGUUACUGUGUCAGCGGUGGCGGUGGCGAGGGGAACAGCGAGCGAUGCCGAGGGGGACGGCAGCGGGGCCGAUCCGGCGGUGGCGCAGGCCGGCGAAGGUACCAGGCUCCUCAGCGAAAACGGGACGCAGAAGGGCGAAGCGGAAGGAACGGCGGCAGCAACGGGAGUAGAGCGCGCGAGGAAAAAGAAGAGAGGCAAACAGAAAAAGAAGAAGUCCCUCUUUGCGUUGUAGAUGUACUGGGGGCAUCCGCCCCGCUCCACGCUCGGCGAAGAGGGGCGACGCGCCAUGAAUAAUUGGGCACCCUUUUUUUCUCAGUGGGAAAACUGAUGGAGAAACUUGAUCAGAGCGAGAUGAAGGUAUUUAGUGUGGGACACGGCAGGUGGACGAUCAUGUGGUAGGCUUUUUUGUCUCCGGGUGGGCUGCUUGUUAUUCCAGAGAACCCGUCGUUCUUAUCAUUAAUACUGCUGUGCUUCGUUUCUUGAGUGUUUGUGUUGGUGCGUCGCGUCCUGCUCUAUUGUGUGUUGUCUGCAGUUCGUCGUAUUUUCUUCCUGGACACUUUGUAUGCCGUCCUUCGCGAAAACUACUCGAGUGUAUGCCGGCCCGAUACCUGCGUCGGGCAGUCAGUGCCGUCGGCCAAAUACUGCACCACGGAAAGAUGCAGUAUGUCGCAACAACGAGCGACAGCUGGUAGAUGUAACUGCCGCCAGCCGUGUGCGUCCACGGGAGGAGUGCGUGUGAUGUUGUUGCUCGCUGCGCCAGCUGUGCGUGUGUCGCUGUGCCCGUUGAGCGUUUGUUCUGAACCUGCA